UAUAAAAAAUAUGUUCAUGUAGUUUUUUUUUUUUUUUUUUUUUUUAUUAUUUUAAUUAUGUCUCACGUCUGCGUGAUGGAAGACUUUUGGCCUAGCUGUGUCACUAAUCUACGCUGCACUGUGUAAUUACCCGGGUCACAUGCUGCUGCUUUGGGCUGUGUUUACAAGAAACGUUUAGCUAAAAUGUGGUCAGCUGAAGAACGACGUAAAUGAAAGCAGUGUAAACUGUAUGCUUUUCGUUUGGAAACACAGAUUUAAAACAUAAGAAAUACAAUAACAAAAUAACCACAGCUGGAUCGUUUUCAAGAGCUUAGUCGCCCGUUGAGUCGAUAUGCUGGGUAGGAAAAACAAGAAACAGCCGCUGUCUAAAGGCCAAGGUGCCGCUGCAGCCAAACAGAUGGGACUGUUCAUGGAUUUCAACCCAGACGAGAUGAUGAUGGAUCUGGAUGGUGACGUAGAUGAUGGAGAUUUGGAGGCAGAAUUUGCUGCCAUUAUGGGAUCAGGGGAAGGUGGGAAGCCCAAACCUAAAGGCAAGACCCCUUUGCCAAUGGAGGACAUCGAGAAAAUGGCUGAGAACUGCAUGAGAGACAGCGACUACGAAGAUGACGAUGAAGAUUUGGAAAACGAUGAGGACUUGUUGGCAGAGUUACAGGAUGUGGUUGGAAAGGCGGAGGAACGUGGGAUGGAACCCACAGAAUCAUCUGUUGCCGUGGAAACACCCCCUGCACCCAAAACAACUCCAUUGCAAACAGACUCACAACCACAGGUGCCUGAGGUUACAGCUGCCUCUAGUGGUAUACAGUGCACCCUAGAGGAAAGAAUAGGAAUGUACAAGACUGCUAUCAGCAAUGCCAAGGCAAGUGGGGAGACAUCUAAAGCACGGAGAUACGAAAGGGGCCUGAAGACCUUAGAGACAAUGCUGACCUCUAUUAAGAAAGGCAAAAAAAUCAACGAGGCUGAAAUCCCACCCCUAGUGACCACUGGAAAAACUGCUGCUCCGGCUGUCGUCCAAGAUUCUGAGAGUGAGGCUCAAUCCAAGGGCUUGCCAGUGGGAGCCAAGGAACUUAAUUCAGAAUCUGAGGGCCCAGCUGUGGUAGAGAGAAAAGGAGAGGAGACUGAGGAACCUGAACCUGCCACUGCCCCAGAGACCCCAGUAGAGACAGCACUCCCAGCCCCGGAGCACGAAGUCAGCGAAGCAGACAAAGGAAUAGAUUCAAAAGCAGCUACAGACCAUGAAGCUACCAAGGUACUACUGGUAGGGAGACAGAAGGAAUAUAAAAUAGCAGCCCUGAAAGCCAAACAACAAGGUGACUUAGACAGAGCCAAGGAGUACAUGAAAAUUGGCAAGAAAUUUGAUGCAGUGAUAGAAGCCUUGGAGGGUGGGCAGCCCUUCGAUUUGAGUAACAUGCCACCACCUCCAGGAGAUGUUGAAAUAAGAAAGGCUGUGUCAUCCCCCUCCCAUGCAACAGGUGGUGCUACAGAGGAGACUCAACCUGUACAAGCAACAGUGCCCAUGACAGUUUCCCCAGCAGCAGCUGCUCCUCCUCAGCCUAAAGAUGUGCUGGAGGCUUUACAGCAGAGGAUGGAGAAGUACAAAGAGGCAUCAGCUCAGGCCAAAACCAGUGGAGAGGAGCGCAAGGCCAGGAUGCAUGACAGGAUAGCCAAGCAAUACCAGGAUGCAAUCCGAGCGCACAAAGCGGGCAGAACCGUCAACUUCUCUGAGCUGCCAGUCCCACCAGGGUUCCCCCCCAUCCCCGGGAUGGAUGGUGCUGGAGCAGAGCAGGGGAUCGCUGCUGUACUGGAGGCUGCUUCCAAACUGGCCGCCGAUGAGGGGAAGGAGGCAGACGAGGACGAUGAGCAGGAUGAGCAGCCCAUGGCCACACCGCAGAAACCAAAGAAGCCUACGCUGGCUGUGCCGCCAAGAGUGCAGGGGCAGGACAGCUACUCCCCGGGACAGCCCAGGAGACCAUCCCCCUCCCCUUCACCUGAGAGACAGUCCCAUGGAGAGGUUCUUUCUCAAGCAGCUCAGCAGCAGCUUGAGUUCCUAGAGAGCCGCAGGAAGCAGUACAUGAAGGCAGCUGUCCAAGCCAAGCAGAAGAAUGACCUGGAACAGGCCAAGAGCUUUCUGCGCACCGCCAAGGGAUUUGAGCCGAUGAUAGAGGCUUCCAAGAACGGGAAGGCUGUUGAUAUUUCCAAGGUGCCGUCCCCUCCAGGAGACGAAGAGGAUGAUUUCAUCUUGGUGCAUCACAGUGAUGUGCAGCUCUCUCAGAAAACAGAAGACAUUUACAUGCAGCUUGCUAAGAUACUGAAAGAGCAGUGUGAGAAAUGUGUUUCUUACUCUAAGCAAUUUACACACCUCGGAAAUAUAACAGAAACCACAAAAUUUGAGAAAAUGUCAGAAGACUGUAAAAAAAACCUUGCGAUCUUAAAACUAGCUCAGGCUCAGGGCCUUGAUCCACCAAGACACCAUUUUGAGAAGAGGACCUAUAGUAUUGUACGGAUAUUUCCAGAGCUCAGCAGCACAGAGUUGCUUCUGAUUGUUGUGAAAGGAAUCAAUCUGCCAGCACCUCCUGGCAUAGCAACAAAUGAUCUUGAUGCAUUUGUGAAAUUCGAAUUCCCAUAUCCCAGUGGGGAACAAGCACAGAAACAUAAAACAUCAGUAAUUAAGAACACCAAUUGUUCAGUGUAUAACCAGAGUUUCAAGCUGAACAUUAACAGAAACCACAGGGGCUUCAGGAGAGUUAUUCAGUCCAAAGGCAUCAAGUUGGAAGUGUUGCACAAGGGGGGCUUCUUGAGGAGUGAUAAACCAGUUGGAACUGCGCAUUUGAAACUGGAGAAACUGGAAACUGAGUGUGAAGUCAGAGAAAUCAUUGAGCUAUUUGAUGGGAGGAAGCCGACUGGUGGGCGUCUGGAGGUCAGGGCGCAGCUGCGGGAGCCCCUCAGUGGGCAAGAUGUACAGCAGAUUACAGAGCGCUGGCUGGUACUGGAGCAGCCCAAGGUUGCAUCCUAAAUGCUGUGGACUCUGAAAGACACCUCCAUGAGGUGGAGAGGUACUGAAAACUAUAUCUAUGCACCUGAUUAUAAACAGGAUUGGAAAGACUCUUGUUUGCAUUGACAAUGUUGAUGCUAGUUGGAACUGCCAAAGAACACCCUGCACUCUGUUCCCUGUGUCAGCAGUGUGCUGCCUCUGUCUGUAAGUACAGAGGGAGUCCCUUUCUGAGUGCAGGAGAAGCAGUACACCUGUAGACAGGUACAGUAGGAGGUGUUGAUAACUGGGGUCAGUCCUCCUGAGGGCAUGUUGUCUGUCUGCAAAUUAUUUUUCUCUUGGGUCGUGUUUUUCAAAAACUAGAACUGGUUUGAUGUAAAAUUCAUCUGUGGAAGAGCACUUACAAUGUACAGAAUAUGUGUGCUGUGUUACGAAUAAUUAAUGUGGUUCUAAAACUUCCAAUAUGAUAAUUACGUGAAACCCUGUUAAUUUACGUUCAUUUUAUUUAUGUAAAUAUCAGUUAUGUCAGUAAAUAUACUGUACAUGUAUGUGUAAUGUUUAUAGACAGGCUUCACGUACAUGUGUGACAUUUAUACUAUACUAGCACAUCUGAGUCAUUCAGAGGUCCUCUGAAACAUGCUGGUUAUUUAUAAAUCAACUCAUAUGGACUGUAUUUUCCAUAUUGUCACUGCAUUGAUGAUUUUAGAAGCGGUGCAACAUUUAUUUAUUUAUUUAUUUUUAUUUGUUUUGCCAAAGGUUUUAAACUUAAGUUUUAAGACAAAACUACAGGUACAUUGUUUGGUUUCUGGUGUUCCACCACCUGCUUUGUUUACAUUGCAAGCAGUGUAGUACAGGCUUCCUGAUCAGAAAAAAAAGUAAAAACCACUGCAGUUCCCAGGGCUUUGUGUUGCACAUUGAUUAUCCUAUUGGAUUCCAAUAACUAUAUUGCUCAUUCGACA